AACCUCCCAAUUAGGUCCCAAGGGCACUCCACAAACCCUUAGUGGAGACUAGAAAGCAAAGAGGGUACAGCCCCUAUUUGGAGUUUCUAACCACAUGGCCUUUCCCAUGCCUAGAAAAGCUCAUCCACUCAGCCAUCUUUCCCUGUAUCAAUUUGUAGGCUCCUCUUCUUUCCAGAAUGUUCGUUGUUGCAAUACAUGCACUAGUUUUCCUUGUGGUACAGCUUAUACCUAGCUUUGUGAGUAUAUUGCUCUCCUGCAAAUUCCAGUUUCUCUGUUUUACAUUACGGUAUACAGCUUAUGCCCUCUCUCUUUUCUUUUCUUUUUUUACUUUAGUUUUGAUUCCGAUGUAAGUGCAGUGAAAUUUUCUUCAAAAUUCAGAUAGUGGUUUGGUGUGGAAGUAUUGAGGUGUCUUUUCUACACUUCCUUUUAUGUAACCGAAAAUACAAAAUUAUAUUUGAACCGAUGUCGGGGAGUUUUCCUUUCUACUUUUACUAGUUUUCCCUCAACUGUCUCAAAUUUAAUACCAUAAAAUCAAAUUAACCUCAGCUACCACCCUGUAUUCACUCAUCAAGAACCGUAGCUAUCUUUAGAAGCAGUUUUCUCUCUUCAGCUAUCCUAUUCUCAGUAAUAUUUACCAUGAACUUGAUCAAUUCUCCUUGGUCAUAAUAAUCUCUAAGGUACCCUCUCUCUCUCUCUCUGACCUCCUGCAACAACCGGACUUUCAACUCUUCUGAAACAUGGUGCGAUCAGAGUGUGUCUCAUCAAUUCUGCCAUCAACUGGGUAUUAAAUAUCCACCAUUAUUGAUCAUAUCACGUGGUGGGAUUUUUGACCUCCGAUACCUGUGUCUUCUUUCUCACCAACUAAAUCAAGCGAAGCAUACUUCAUCAAGACAAGCAAACACAACCCCCCACAAAACUCUUGAUGGCUUCUCUACACCUACAUGUCCACGACCCCACACGAACCCUACAUCCUCCAACUCAAUUCCUACAUCCUCCAACUCAAUUUCUCUCGCCAAGAUCAAUAUUUUCCCCACGAAAAACCACGAAUCUCCUUCUUCCACGCAAACCCAUUUCACCGAAACUCGAAACAUCUCUAAGAUGCUCAUCUAUCACCAGUUUAAGUCCAAACAAGGAAGAAGAAGAAACCGAAGAAACCCUGCAAGAGGGAUUCAGUAACGUGGACGACCAUGAGAUCAGUAGGCCUCUCAGUGAUUGUUGGAGACAAAUCCAAGGGUGCAGUGACUGGAAAGGGCUUUUGGACCCCAUGGACUCUCAUCUUCGCCAGGAAAUUAUCCGGUACGGGGAGUUUUCACAGGCUUGUUAUGACUCCUUUGACUUUGAUCCUCACUCUAAGUACUGUGGCACGUGUAAGUAUACAGGAGCUCAUUUCUUUGAGAAGCUUGACAUGGCGGAUAGAGGGUACCACUUGAGCAGGUACCUGUAUGCAACAUCAAACAUUAACCUCCCAAAUUUCUUCCAGAAGUCCAAAAUGAGCAGUGUGUGGAGUCAGCAUGCAAACUGGAUGGGCUAUGUGGCUGUCGCCAACGACGAGGAAGAGAUCCGCCGCCUCGGCCGUCGGGACAUCGUCAUCGCGUGGCGGGGCACAGUGACAUACCUCGAGUGGAUCCAUGACCUAAAAGACAUUUUACACCCGGCCCAUUUUAGCGAAGACCCUUCAGUCAAAAUUGAGUCGGGGUUCUAUGAUCUCUACACCCAAAAGGAAAAUUCAUGCCACUUUUGCUCAUUUUCGGCCCGUGAACAAGUUUUAGCUGAAAUUAAGCGGCUUACAGAGACUUACAAAGGGGAAAAUCUUAGCAUUACAGUCACAGGACAUAGUCUUGGUGCAGCCCUGGCCAUGCUAAGUGCUUAUGACAUUGCCGAGAUGGGACUGAACAUUUCGAAAAAUGGCGAAUCGGUUGAAAGAAUUCCGAUCACUGUUUUUUCGUUUGCCGGGCCCCGCGUCGGAAAUCUGAAGUUCAAGGAACGGUGCGAUGAGCUCGGAGUCAAGGUCCUGAGGGUAGUCAAUGUGCAUGACAAGGUACCAUUGGUGCCUGGAAUUUUCGCCAAUGAAAAAUUCCGGCACCAAAAGUACAUUGAGGAAAUGAUGUCGUUUCCUUGGAGUUAUGCCCAUGUUGGAGUGCAGCUUGCGUUGGAUCAUACCCAUUCGUAUUUUCUAAAACCCACUAGCGAUUUGCGGUGUGCCCAUAACCUUGAAGCCCAUUUACACCUCGUCGACGGGUACCACGGGCCUGGCCGCCGGUUCUGCCUGGCCACGAAGCGGGACGUUGCCCUCGUCAACAAGAGUUGCGAUUUCUUGAAGAGCGAGUACAGUGUGCCGCCGUGCUGGUGGCAGGACUUGAACAAGGGGAUGGUGAGGACCGCCGACGGGCGGUGGGUCGUGCCGGAAAGGCCCAGAAUCGAGGCCCACCCGCCGGAUACGGCCCACCACCUUGAACAAGUGCUCAAAUUUGCCAAGUCCUCAGUGGGAACCUCUUUUAAUGUUUGAUAGUAACUUCUAACAACCUUUUUAAGUGUCUUGUGCUUAUCGAACUGGUUUUGCUUUGUCCUCGUUUCUGAAUCUGUCCUAUCCCUUAUAUGACGUUUUUUGAUAA